CGGCACUAUUUCUCUCUCCCUCUCCCUCCCCUUCUCUCUCUAGCUCUCGCUCGCUCGCUCUCUGAUGAGUGAGGGCAGUGUUGUCAGCCUCUCUGCUGCGCUCCCCGCGUGCGGACCCACACAAACGGAGUUAAGGAACAGUUUGAAAUACGCCAAAGAAGAGGAAAAAUGCAAGAUCGGCGACAAAAGGAAUGUUUAACAGAGUUCAAAGACUGAACCCCGUGCUGUGGAUCUCCAUGAGUAACCAGACAGAGCUCCCUGCUUCCCCUUCAUGCCUCUGUCAGUUCCUUGACGCCCACCUUUCACCCUCUCUCUCCCCCUUACCUGACCGUUACACCUCCUCAAUCUUCUCCCGGUAAAUGAUGCGGUCUGCGCUCCGUGCUCUGCUCCUGGUGCUGCUGAGUGCCGGGGUCCUGCUCUCCAGCGGAGACUCUCCCCGCAAAGAAAUUAAGAUUGAUGGGGAUCUGGUUCUGGGAGGCCUCUUCCCCAUCCAUGAGAAGGGCAUGGGCAUGGACGAAUGUGGCCGGAUCAAUGAAGACCGUGGCAUCCAGCGGCUUGAGGCAAUGCUCUUCGCCAUCGAUCAGAUCAACCAGGACGUAGGUCUGCUGCCGGGUGUGGCUUUGGGCGUCCACAUCCUGGACACCUGCUCGAGGGACACAUACGCUCUGGAACAGGCGCUGGAGUUUGUUAGGGCUUCGCUUACAAAAGUGGAUGAUACGGAGUUCAUCUGUCCUGACGGAUCCUACGCUCUUCAGGAAGACAGUCCGCUGGCCAUAGCCGGUGUCAUCGGGGGAUCUUUUAGCAGUGUCUCCAUACAGGUUGCCAACCUGCUGCGGCUAUUUCAGAUCCCUCAGAUCAGCUACGCCAGUACCAGUGCCAAACUCAGCGACAAAUCUCGCUACGAUUACUUUGCACGCACCGUCCCGCCAGACUUCUACCAGGCCAAGGCCAUGGCGGAGAUCCUGCGUGCCUUUAACUGGACCUACGUUUCCACCGUUGCCUCAGAGGGUGACUACGGAGAAACAGGAAUCGAAGCCUUCGAGCAACAAGCCCGUUUACGAAACAUCUGCAUUGCAACUUCAGAAAAAGUAGGACGGUCGAGCGCAAAGCGCUCUUCGUAUGAGGCUGUGGUUCGUCAGCUUCUACAAAAGCCCACGGCCCGUGUGGCAGUGCUGUUUUUGCGAAGUGAUGAUGCACGGGAACUCAUUGCUGCUGCCGCCCGCCUCAAUGCAUCAUUCCUCUGGGUGGCGAGUGACGGAUGGGGGGCGCAAGAGAGCAUCGUCAAAGGGAACGAAUUCACGGCAGAUGGUGCAAUCACACUGGAGCUUGCGGCUCAUCCUAUACCAGACUUCAACCGCUACUUCCAGACCCUCACACCUCUUAAUAAUCACCGCAACCCUUGGUUCAAAGACUUCUGGGAACAAAAGUUUCAGUGUUCGUUAGGCGGUGCUUCGUCAGCAGGGGCGGGAACCCCAAAGCCACCUUGUGACCCAGAACUGGCUAUCGACAAGUCAAAUUUUGAGCCUGAAUCAAAGAUCAUGUUUGUCGUAAAUGCCGUGUACGCCAUGGCUCACGCCUUGCAUCGAAUGCAACGGACUCUUUGCGCCAACACCACACGCUUGUGCGAGGCCAUGCGGAGUCUCGACGGCAGGAAACUCUACCGGGACUUUCUACUUCACGUCAACUUUAGAGCUCCGUUCUCCCCUGCCGGCUUGGAGAAUCAAGUAAAGUUUGACGCGUAUGGCGACGGAAUGGGCCGUUACAACAUCUUCAACUAUCAGCGUGUGCCAGGCAGUGACAAGUUCACUUAUAUCCAGGUUGGAGAGUGGGCAGAGAUUCUUUCCCUAAAUGAGGGCUUGAUCGGCUGGCCGAGGGGAGGGGACGUCCCCACGUCUCAAUGCAGUGACCCUUGCGCUCCCAACGAGAUGAAGAAGAUGCAAGCGGGCGAAUACUGCUGCUGGAUUUGUACUCCCUGCGAACCCUACGAAUACCUGCCGGACGAGUUCACAUGCAUGCCCUGCGCGCCUGGCCAGUGGCCCCGUCCUGACCUGACCGGAUGCUACGACCUUCCUGAGGACUACAUCAUGUGGGAGGACGCUUGGGCCAUUGGACCCAUCUCGAUUGCAUGCGUUGGCUUCAUAUGCACCUUAAUGGUCUUUGUCGUUUUCAUUCGACACAACGACACGCCGCUGGUCAAAGCGUCCGGUCGUGAGCUGUGCUACAUCCUGCUGCUGGGCGUCUUUAUGUCCUACGUCAUGACUUUCAUAUUCAUCGCAAAACCUUCGCCUAUCGUGUGCACGCUGCGGCGGUUAGGCCUCGGUACUUCCUUCGCAGUGUGCUACUCCGCCUUGCUCACGAAGACCAAUCGCAUUGCUCGCAUCUUCAGUGGCGUGAAAGAGGGCGGGGCUCAGCGGCCUCGCUUCAUCAGUCCCAGCUCACAGGUGUUCAUCUGUUUGUCGUUGAUCUCCGUGCAGCUCUUGUUGGUGUCCGUCUGGCUACUCGUUGAAGUGCCCGGCACACGGCGGUUCACGACGCCGGAGAAACGUCAGACUGUCAUUUUGAAGUGUAACGUACGGGACUCUAGCAUGCUGCUGUCGCUGAGCUAUGACGUGGUUCUGGUGGUCCUCUGCACGGUCUACGCCUUCAAGACCCGCAAGUGUCCGGAGAACUUCAAUGAGGCCAAGUUCAUCGGCUUUACCAUGUACACCACCUGCAUCAUCUGGCUGGCCUUCCUGCCCAUCUUCUACGUCACCUCCAGUGACUACAGGGUCCAAACCACAACCAUGUGCAUAUCUGUCAGCCUGAGUGGAUUUGUGGUGCUGGGCUGCAUGUUUGCCCCCAAAGUCCACAUCAUCAUGUUCCAGCCUCAGAAGAACGUCACCAGUCAUCGGUUAAACAUGAACCGGUUUAGUGUGAGCGGGCCAGCCACGAGCUACGCGUCCCAUGCAUCUGUGAGCGCCCACUACGUUCCGACGGUGUGUAACGGAAGAGAGAUUGUCGACUCCACCACUUCCUCUCUGUGACCCCGCCCCUUCCUCCAGACUCCUGCUCCUUAGCGACUGUUAGCCAAUCAGCACACAUUGUGCUCUGCCCAAGAACUAGGUCUGCCUACAGUGUGUAGAAAGUGUGUAUGAUUAUUCUGAUGACUAUUAAAUUAUUUUUAGGGCUUGUUGUAAAUAUUAACUGACAUUGUUGUAGAGAAACAAAAGAACAAAAAAAUCCUUUAUAGAGAGAUUUUGGAAACUUUUGUUUUGAUAGCUUUAUUAUGUAUGUUGUAAACGGCCAUGAUGUGAUGAUGUAAAACGCAAACCAGUUUUCGAUUGGGCCACAGUAGAGACUGACAGACACGGCUCCGCCUGCAAUACUGGACACUGGAAUUUGUGGUCGUUUUCUUUUGUAGGCCUCAUUGUAAUAACCUAAACUGUAUGUAUUUCUAUGUUGUACAUUUUGUACAGAAUCUUAACCGAUGGUUUUAACAGCACAAGUCGACAGUAUUAGAGUCUACGCUGGUCAUGAGGUCCAGAGCAGGAAAACCAUCGAGUGAGCGCUCGCGCCUCAAACUUCACGUCGUCUCAUCACAGGCAGUGGCUUGACGCCAGAGGUUACAAUACCAUUUUAGUACACUGUCAUGACAUCUGAAAGCAUAUUACAUUAACUGCAUCUCAUAAGCGUUGCGUUCCGAUUGGCUGUGAUGCAUGUUUAUGUUGCAGCACAGAUAUGCAGUGCUACGAGAUGUUAUAUAUGUUUACAUUGCCUGUGACGAGAAGCCUUCAGGGACGGAAAGUCUGGAAGAUGAGCAUGUGAGGUACUUUGAGUCUUACGAAGUUGACGUAUACCUCUUUUCCACCAUCGUGGUGCCGUUGCUGCCGCCGUCCCACACUGAAUAAAAGGUGAUUCACCAAAAAACAGGUCCACACCUACACCUUAAACCUGUUUGAGACAAAGCAAGAAACCGUAUUGUCAGAGGUCAAACAAUAAGAUAAUGUCCUCACUAAAUACACUUUUUAAAAUGUAUUAAUUUCUAUAUUAAUAUAUUUUAAAAUCUGAUUUAUUCCUGUGAUGCCAAAGCUGAAUUUUCAGCAUCAAUAAUCCAGUCUUCAGUGUCACAUGAUCUUUCAGAAAUCAUUCUAAUAUGCUGAUUUGCUGCUUAAGAAACAUUUCUUAUCAAUUUUAAUACCAGUUGCUGCUUACCCCAACUCUGGCACCGGCACCAUUUCAGUGAAAAACUGGUUAUAAUCGGUCGCGUUUCUGAUGUGUGAAAUGCUUUGUGAUGCAGUGAAUGUAAAAUGUAUUCUGUUGUUCGAUAUUGGCUUGUUGUGCCUUAUCAUUUGUCCUAUAGUUUUAAUACGAGAGGUUCCUCAGAGCCUUUGGGCAGGAGGGGACCAGGCCAUUUUUUUACAGACGUCUUUUUUUACAUUUCAGAAGUUUUAUACAUUUCUAUGUUUUUCUGUUGGAAGAGAGAGGGACGCUCGGGUUCUUCGACAAGCUGAAGAUUGAGGAGAGCUAAAAUGUUAAACGUUUGCUUGUUUUUAGUUUGCGGCCGUCACACGGCCCCAAGGGAUUCUGUACAAUAUCACGUUACCUAAUGCAAGUGUCAAACUGUAUCAUGUCAUUGUAGGAUCAUCCAUUCUUGGCCCGUCAUGAAGAGACAUAGUAAACAAACAUGUAACAGUAACCUAGAAAUGCUAAAGCUCUCAACAUUCAUAAUUCAUCAGCAUGGCAGCAAAGGAAAUCAUUUGUGUGUCAGUUAACAGUACCAGGAGGUGAACAUGCACAGAAAAAACUAGAAAAUCGGAUGACAGAAAAACAUAACCAAUCAGUGACAGAUUUAGUCUUCCAACGGAGACAGACUUGCUCACAGAAUCGCAAGAGAUGUAGUGCAACUGUUACACAAACGCAUACAAUCAAUAAGCAGCUGAGCCCAUAUAAACUAUAUGCUUCCUUAUUUUAUUCCCUUUUGGCCCACUAAUUAAUGAUUACUACUGGUGAAAAAAAAACUUAAUCUUAAGUAAAUGUCGUUAGGCAACUCAAAUCUAGAGUUUGUGCCUGGCAAAUAAUUAAAUGUUCUAAACGCUCAAUCAGCUAACAUUGAAGUAGGGAAUCAAGUCAUAUCUACAGAUCACAAAACCACUCAGAACAUCCUAGAAACCAAGGAACUGCACAGUAAAAUUCUAAAAGCCACCAAGAACACCUUAGCAACUGUAAAUCAAUGCACUGGAGACCACUCAGAACUCCCUGCAUAGUAGCAUGCUAGAAAACCAAUCAGAACACCUUAGCAACUGUAUAGCAACAUUAAAAACAACAACAACAAAAACACUCAGAACACCCGAGCAACUGCAUAACAACAUGAUAAAAACCAUUUAGAACACCUUAAGAACUACUUAGCAAUGCCCUGGAAACACCCACAACAUCCUAGCAACAGCACAGUAACACAUUAAAAACCACCCACAACAUCUUUGCAACUGCAUAGCAACACCCUGGAAACUAACCACAGCACCCUAACAUUCUAAAAAAACACCCAGAACAUCUUAACAGCUGCAUAGCAACACCCUGGAAACUAACCACAGCACCCUAACAUUCUAAAAAAACACCCAGAACAUCUUAACAGCCUUAUAGCAACACCCUGGAAACCAACCACAACACCCUAACACUCUAAAAACCACCCAGAACAUCUUAACAGCUGCAUAGCAACACCCUGGAAACCAACCACAUCCUAGCAACAGCACAGUAACAUUCUGAAAACCACCCACAACAUCUUCACAACUGCAUGGCAACACCCUGGAAACCAACCACAUCCUAGCAACAGCACAGUAACAUUCUAAAAACCACCCACAACAUCUUCACAACUGCAUGGCAACACCCUGGAAACCAACCACAUCCUAGCAACAGCACAGUAACAUUCUAAAAACCACCCACAACAUCUUCACAACUGCAUGGCAACACCCUGGAAACCAACCACAUCCUAGCAACAGCAGAGUAACAUUCUAAAAAACACCCACAACAUCUUCACAACUGCAUGGCAACACCCUGGAAACCAACCACAUCCUAGCAAAAGCACAGUAACAUUCUUUAAAAAAAAAAUAAUCACCCAGAACACCUUUGUAAUUGCAUAGCGACACCCUGGAAACCAACCACAUCCUAGCAACAGCAGAGUAACAUUCUAAAAAACACCCACAACAUCUUCACAACUGCAUGGCAACACCCUGGAAACCAACCACAUCCUAGCAAAAGCACAGUAACAUUCUUUAAAAAAAAAAGUAAUCACCCAGAACACCUUUGUAAUUGCAUAGCGACACCCUGGAAACCAACCACAUCCUAGCAACAGCACAGUAACAUUCUAAAAACCACCCACAACAUUUUCACAACUGCAUAGCAACACCCUGGAAACCAACCACUACACCCUAACAUUCUAAAAAAACACCCAGAACAUCUUCACAACUGCAUAGCAACACCUUGUAAACCUCCCACAACACCCUAAAAACACAGUAACAUUCUAAAAACCACCCACAGCAUCUUCACAACUGCAUAGCAACACCCUGGAAACCAACCACUAUAGCCUAACAUUCUAAACACCACCCAGAACAUCUUUUCAACUGCAUAGCAACAUCCUGGAAACCAACCACAUCCUAACAACAGCACAGCAACAUUCUAAAACCACCUAGAACAUCUUCGCAACCUCAUAGCAACACCCUAGAAUCCAACUACAUCUUAGCAACAGCACAGUAACAUUCUAAAAACCACCCAGAACAUCUUCGCAACUGCAUAGUAACACCCUGGAAACCGGUACUGUGGUGGUCACUUUUAUGCAGGCAAGAUCAAUAAAUCUUUACAAUAUUUUGCUCUUUGUAUAAAUUAACAAUGAUAGAACUACAAGACAAAGUUCAAUGUGAGGACAGCAGAUGUAGGCUACAUUUGAAACAAAAAAGUUAAUAAGUCAGCAUGAGUGUAGAGAGAUAAACAACAUGCGGUUAUGUAAAGCAGUUUGUUGCCCCAUAAACUCCAGCACCACACUCAGCAACUCAAUGCUUUUGUGGUGAGGCUUACAGUACGACUCCCAAAAUCUGCACACAUCCUCUUUCUGCACGUUAAGUUGCUAGGGGUCCUCGUUCCAGCCUUAGCCUCUUUAUGAAUGUUUUUGAGAGAAGAAAAAGUCAAAUGUGGCGGUUUCGUCUGAGUGGCUUAGAAACGGUUUAGGAGGGAGCCGAGACUGCAGUCUGCGCAGAAACACAAAUGGAGAGCGAGCCUCCCUCACCCACUGCAGCAAUUUCAUUUCAGAGUGGGGAUCGAGGGUCUUACUGCAAAAGCAGCCGGGUGUGUCUAAACGCGUCGCUGCGUGGGAAAGUUUUAAGCAAACUUUCAUAGAUCUGUUCAUGUUUGACAUAAAUCUUCACACCAUGGCAGUAUACAGAUGUCAGCCUUGUUUGCAGUGCUAAAUACGGUUAGGUUCAUAAACAGUCUGGUUUUGAAAGAAGUGACAACCGUCCGUAUCCUGACUACACUUACAGGUGUCACAUCUGAAUUCAACAUCAAGUUCAGUUGAUGUGUGAGCAAAACUACAGACAUUAAAUAGCAGAGUGUGUACUUUGUAGGCAGAGAGCAAAACAGAAAUCCUGUUAAAGGAACAGUUCACCCAAAAAAAUGAAAAUUUGCUGAAAAUAUACUCAUCAGGCCAUCUGAGAUCUAGAUGAGUUUGUUUGUUCUUCAGAACAGAUUUAGAGAAAUUUAGCAUUACAUCACUUGCUCACCAAUGGAUGGAAGUGAAUGGGUGCCGUCAGAAUGGGAGUCCAAACAGCUGAUAGAAAACAUCACAAGUAAUCUACACAACUCCAGUCCAUCAAUUAACAUCUUGUGCAUCGAAAAGUUGCAUGUUUGUAAAAAAUGAAUCAAUCACAGAGGUGUUUUUAACUUCAGACUGCUGCUUCAGGCCAAAAUAUCAGUCCAUGAUCAAUUUAAAAGGACAGCAUUUUUACUGGAGAAGGCAUUAUUAUGAAUUAUAGACAUAAUGAUGGAUUUGUUUCUUACAAACACACAGCUUUUUUGCUUACGAUGUUAAGUGAGGGUCUGGAGUGGUGUGGAUUAUUGUGAUGUUGUCAGCUGUUUGGACUCUCAUUCUGACGGCACCCAUUCACUGCAGAGGAUCCACUGCUAAGCAAGUAAUGCUAAAUUUCUCAGAGUCUGUUCAAAGGAAAACCAACUCAUCUACAUCCUGAAUAACCUGAGGGUGAGUAGAUUUUCAGCAAACUUUCAUUUUUCAUGAACUAUUUCUAAGUGUCUGGGCAGACGAGGUAAUUGAGAAAAAAGAGAUUUUUGACUUAAUAUCUACAGUAAAGGCAGCAGGAGUUGCCAAAAAUGGUUUGGAUUCAUUUAACUAAAUCAAAAUAAUACAAAGUCUUGAUGUUUACUGUGGUUAUCCAUCAUUUAUGGUUACAGGUACGACUCAAGACCAGGCCUGAACAGAAUCUGGAGACUUUCCCCCACAUUUUCUGUGCUUUUCUGAAAAGAAAAAUCUGUUAAACGGAGCUGAGAUUAUCAAUUCAGCCAAAAUACUUAUUAAAUAUAAUUUAGGUAGGUUCCAAUAUUGUGAAAAUCAAUUAAAUUGAUUCUGUGCAGGCCUGAAAGUUCCAGAAAAUGGAUUGAUUUUGUUUUCUGUUGUAUGUACAGGACAAUUUAGUGUCACAUCUGUUAGUAAAUACAGUACAGUUGUCAAUCCCAAAUACUGAAUGUGUGACUAGACACUUUCUCAGUCUGUUUUUCUGAAACAGCAUGUUUGUUGGAUGUACCAGGAACAAUAUGGGGUGGUUUUGAAUUUGUAUGUAAGGCUUAAACAGACUAAAACCCCUCCUUCAGAUCUGUAAAAGAGUUACAAAUGUGUGGGACGUGUACUUGGGGAAGGCACUGAACUUUUCGUUUUGAACACAAAGCAAUAGAACAGUACCCAUGGUGCAGUGUGCAAUAAAAAAGGACAUUAUGACAUCAUAAUAAACAAACUAAACGAUGAA